UGAUGGUUUCAUAAACACUAGUUUUAUUUGAAAUGUAUUGGUUGGAUUUAAACAAUUUGAGUUGUAUAUUAAAAUGGUUUUUAUUCACUAUAUCACUAUCGUGAUGGGCGUUUUACUUUGAAUGGACUUAUUCCAUGUUACUUAAAAAUUAUGAUAGCUCAUGAUGAAUAUUUAUGUUGUUUAAAGUUACGUUGUGUUUUUAUGUUUGUCAUAUCUCUUUCUUAUCGGAGACGUUUCUCUAAUGUAUGAGAUUGAUUUUAAUUAAAUAAAUAUCGUUAACGAUGGAAUCUAAAGUCUUGUGCAAUGUUUAUUACCAUAUGAAGUUCAUAGUUUUUCUGUCAUUGUUUACAUACACAAGUAGUUAUGAUGUUUCUUGCCCCUCAAAAUGUAUUUGCACAGAAUCUCAUGCAAAGGAUCAUCCAACUGAUCAUGAGAAAUUUAAAGCUAAGUGUGGUGGAGGAGAGACUAUUAUUUCUAGUAUAGAAGAAAUCCAGUUAAACCAAAACGGAAAUCUUUCUGAUUUAGUUACUCUUGAUUUGUCAUCUAACAAUAUCACUGAGCUACCUUAUACAAUGUUGUGGAUGCAAGAUCUCCAAAAGCUGCAUUUAAAUAAAAAUCAAAUUACCAGAAUUGAUGAUGGUGCAUUCUUGAAUUUAUCUUCGCUCAAAAGGCUUGAUCUCUCUAACAACCAAAUUCGCAACAUAGGUAGAGAAACUUUUGAGGGACUUAUUAAUCUGGAAAAAUUGAAACUUGCACAAAAUUAUAUUAGGCACAUUAAAGAAGGCACAUUUGAUUUUUUACUUUCAUUAAAACAACUAGACUUGUCUUUUAACCCUUUAGUUUGUGAUUGUGAAUUAUGGUGGAUUGGAUCUUGGGCAGCAAACUCAAAUGUUAAAAUAUCAUUAAAUACCAAAUGUUCUGAACCGCUGAGCUUAAGAGACCAACCGAUAAAAAAGUUCCAAACUUCUGCUCAGUGCGUGCGCCAAGAAAACUCACCUAUAAUUGAACUUUCACCAGAUCAUGACCAGGUUGUAUUUGAAGGGGACUCACUACGCAUGGAUUGUCGUUCUGGAUUGGGAAAUCAUGAAUCGAAAGUUGUUUGGUAUUGGGCUGGCCUCCUUCCAGAAACUGUUUUCACCAAUUCAGUUCAUGUUGAGAAUAAACAGUUCAAUAUCAUUAAUACAGAUUCUUCUGGAAUUAUUGAAAGCACGCUGAUUAUUGAUAAAUUAGAAAAUAAUCAUACUGGUGAAUGGAAUUGUGAGCUAUUCUCUAAUGAAGGAAACCAUUCGAGUACCGUCUCUGUCAUAGUUAUCUCCAAUUCAACCAAAUACUGCAAACCUAUUGUGACUCAAGAUAACAAAGGUCGUUAUGUUUGGCCCAAAACUGUUGCUGGUCACGUUGUAGAACUCCCUUGCCAGGCUGAAAUAGGGUUAGGUAUAGUGAGAAAUAACUGCACUCUAGAGGGUGAAUGGCAGAACCUCAAUACUUCUGUCUGCCCGUACACAAGUGAAACUACUCGGAUAUUGCAACAAUUUGCUCAAAUGAAUUUAACCAAGGCAAGAGACACUAUAUAUGAAAGUGCCAAAAGACUCAACAAUUAUACCAUCGAAAACAAGCACUUGUUUACUGAUAUGAUGGAUAUAGUGUUUGUUACCCGAACAGUUAGAAAGUAUUUGGAAUUCUUAAAUGAAGAAAAAAAUUUGGGUUCUCUUCUGUUAGAUUUAAUUAGUUUUUUAAUGGACUUUGAUAAAGAAUUAUUAUCGUUGGCACAAUUGGAGGAUAAAUCUUGUUCAAAACUUUUAGAGGCUAUAGAAACUAUAAUACCUCAUACAUCACUACAAUCUUGUAAGUGGAAUAUGGCUGUUGAUGAAUUUAAAAUUUAUAGAGAAAGCUUUUUGGGUUUGACUUGUAGUUGGUGGAACAGUCGAGAAAAAAAACCUGGUGAUAGAAUUUGCCAUUGUUCAAAAAGUAACAAAAGUGGUGUUCUACUUACUCAUGAUAAGAUUUUAGAGGCUUCCAUACAGAUACCAGCAUCAUUAUUUCAUCAAUUAGAAAGACAAGGAAAACCAGCGACAGUGCAAGAGUUAAUAGUUGGGAUGUUUGAUAACACAAAUUUAUUUCCUAUGACUUAUAAUUCAAGUAGGGUUAUCUCAUCCCCCGUUGUUGGCGCCAAAUUAGUUGGAUUAGAAGUGGAUGAUCUUACUGAGCCAGUUGUGGUGAUGCUCGGAGGACUAAGAGAAGGAGCGACACCGGUUUGGUGGAGUGAAACAACAGGUCAGUGGGCAGUUAGACCUUGUCGCCCAGCUGAUAUAUUACACGACCUCCUUGUCCUGCACUGCACUUCUUUAGGUUACUUUGCCCUUGCUUCAUCAAUUCAUUCUUCAUCAUAUCCAAGAUUAGAACAAUCUAAGUCGAGGCAUUCUCCUCCUGGCAUAUUUGUCGGUACCUUUGUCGGAUCUACAUGUUUGAUCGUAGCUGCUUUUACAUAUGCUGUGUGUUACUCAUCAAUUCAGAUGUCAGGCAGAAUGAAGCAUGCUUUAGCAAAUACUUGGCUUGCAAUAACUUUUCUCUCUCUUGUUUUCAGCCUUGGAAUAUACCAAACAGAAAGUAUUAGAUUCUGCCAAGCGAUAGGAUUAAUGCUGCAUUACCUAACCUUAUGUUCAUUAUUUUGGAUGGCAGUCUCUAUAAAUUGUAUGCAUCGCGUUGGUUCCAAACCUGAAGUGGUUCCAGAAGAAAAUGCUCCACCAACACCUCAUCCAGCCUUAGGUUUAUACUUGGUUGGAUGGGGUAUUCCUGGACUUCUUGUUGGUCUUUCAGGUGCAGUUAAUCCAUCAGGUUAUGCGAAUCCUCAUUAUUGUUCUCUCGGCCCAGGUCCUGGGUUUACACCUGUCAUUGUACCUGUCGGAGCUAUUGCAGUUUUUAUAUUUACAAGAGCUUUGAUGGUGCGAUCAGCUGCAGUUGAGAAAGAUUCUAAUGCCCAACUGUCUGAAGGAACACAGGCUACUGAUCUGGAACUUUUAGAAACUGUUGCGAGUCCAGCUGAGCAUGCGAGCUUACACAGUAUUGCUACGCCAAGUAGCCAUAUCGAGGAUUUAGAACACCCCCCUUAUGUUCAAUUAAAAGCAUUUUUGAUUGUAAUAGCUUUAUUUACAAUGGUGUGGGCUUUGGCCACAUUAUCGGUUAUUCAGCCUUUCAAUUUCCCAUAUGAAGAAACGUUGUUAAGCAUCGUGUAUGCUCUCUUUAUUAUUGUCUUAGGCGCAUUUGUGAUUUUCUUUUACUGCUUCUCAAGAAGUGAUGUCCGCUCUGUUUGGUUCACCCUCAAGCAUAUUAAGAGAUCUCGAAAUAUUACUGAUCUUCAGCAUGUUACACCACCGAUAAUGAAUCCAAGAAACAGUAUUAGUUCCAGCGUAGGAAGAAAAUCUAUUAGUCCUCGACCUGAACCUCAAGGAGAGGCUUCCCAAAAAACAAAUUUAAUAGAUUUACAUCGUAGGCAAUAUCAUAAUAAUGUUAUUAAUGAACCAAAUACUUUUUAUAAUCCCCAUCAAAGUAUAGUAGCCCGUAAGUUUUUCAAAAAGCAAAGAAGGAAACAAAAUAAUUUAGGGACAAGAAGAAGUGGUGAUGGUGCUACACCAAUAUCCCAAGAUAAUGCAGAAUUAUUUCUUUUAGGCUCAAAAGUCAACAAUACUAAUAUCCAUGUUGAGAUCCCAUCCCCACAAUCAGCGAAUGUUAACAUUCUCCAUGGAGGUAGGCCCUUAGAGAGGUUGGUGAUUGGAGCAGAGAGAGGUGAUAGUUCAGUCAAGUAUGCUUCAGUCGGGUCAGAUUGUUGUUCAUGCUUGGUAUCCGAAGCUCAUUCUGUUACCGAUUGUGCGAGAGAUUUGACUUCAGACCAUUCAAGUCGUAGUUCUCAUUUAUAUGCUACAGUUGCUCCUGAUAUUUCGCCUUACCCUUCCCGCAAAUAUAAUCCUCAGGUGCCAAUGAAUUACAAAAAUGAAAUUGUUCAUUUAAAAAUGCAAGAACCGACCUAUGUUGAUAUUAAAUCUUCAGAUGAGGAUAAGAAAGAGACCAGUGUAUAACAUUUAUUUAUUUUUUAUCGAUUAUUGAUCUCUUUCCCUUGUAGCUCUCUAUUUAGUUAUUUUUAUAAAUAAAUUUAUAUUGUUCUGUUGACUAUUGUAUGUAAAUAUUGUUUGACUGUAAUUAAUGAAAUUUAUUUUAUUCCAUAUUGGAAGAUUUUACAGCCCCUUUGCUGCAGAUAUUAACAUUUAUUUAUUACACUUUUUGUAAAUAAUCAAUUAUCUUAAAAUGUAUAUAAUAGAUGUAUAGUAUGUAUGUAAAAUUUUAUAUUCCCUUUAUAGUACAAAUGUUUUUAUUAGGCUUUAAUUUAAUUGUUUAUUGAUAUAAAUGUAUGUAUGUACAUAUACAUAGUAAUGAGUAUGGUAUACCUAUUUGUAAUACUAAUACAUUUUAUAAUGUUUUAUAUUUAAUAUGACUAGUCUUAUUUAUAAGCAUAUGUUAUUCAAGAAGUUCAAUCUCAGUAUCUGUUAUUAUUAUUAUUUAAAGAUAAGUUGGUUACACAAGUUAAUUCCAAGUAAAUAGUAAUAACCAUUAAAUAUAUUUAAAUUAUGGUUUAUAAAUUUCAACAUUUUUCUCUUGUUCUAUUCUCUUAGUUAUUACUCUAGGAGUUUCAAUAGUUUCGUUUAUUGUUGUCAUAUCAUCUUGAAUUUAUGAAAUGUUAAAGACUGAUUUACGUAUGCUAAUUUUUAUAUCUAUACAAUAAAUUUAAGUUAACACGAAUAAGAUAGUAUAUUUGGUUUUAAAUUAGAAUUUGUACAUUUUUAUUGUAUGAACUAUGUAAACAUGAAAAAAAUUAAAUUUUCCUAAAUUUUAAAUUAUAUUAUUUCAUUCCUGAUAUCACAAAGUUAUACAAUCAAGUUUAAGGUCUGCUAAAUUUUUGUUUAGCCAAACAAUUUUCUAAAAGAAUAAUAUAAAUAAUUCUUCAAUAAUCUAGAUUUAUAAAAAUAGACUGAUUCAGUGUUAUUAUUAAGAUGAUUAAGUUGUUGAAAUGAUAUAAAACUAUAUCAGCUUCUAAUUAAUGUGAAGAAAAUUAUCUUUGACUCAAAAUAAAGAAUUCAGAUCCUGGUCUUUGUUCUUAUAUUACAUAACUUGAAGUAUUCUAAAAAUCAUUUCUUCUCAUUUUGAUACUUGAUUCUAUAAUCUUUUUUUUUUUCUUUUUCUAAGUAGUAGUCUCUAUUGUCUCUAUUCAUUAUAGAAUGCUUAUUUAGCUAAAUAAUAAAUUUCCAAUUAAUCUCUAAAUAUUGGGUUCUACUAGCAUUGCUGAAAUCAUUAAUUGUCGAUUUGUCUGUAACUCAAAUUUACAUAUUACUUCAAACUUAUCAGAAGUAAGGAACAGAAAUUUAACUCAACAAAUUGUUGGUUCAAUUACAACUUAUUUUAACUAGAGGCUAACUGACAACCAGCUAUUUAACAAUAACUGGCAUCCCUAGUUGCCAGAUCAGCUGUGAAUUUUCCCUUAAAAAAUUCUAAAUUGUCCUCUAAAUGUUUCAUUUUUACUUUUCUAUUUUUGAGUUCUACCAAUGGGUAGUUUCUCUUCAUGUUGUACAUGCCAUGUUACAAAUUUCUCAUUUACUUAUUGUAUUCUCUAUGUAAUACAGUUGUAAAUUCCAUUGAAAUAAUAAAAAAAAAAAAAAAACUUUUCUAUUUAUCUUUCUAUAUCUAUAUAUAUAUAUAUAUAUAUAUAUGUGUGUGUACUUUUUUUUUCUGUUUCCUUACAGACUUUGUAGAUCUUUUGCUGCCUCAACAAGCCUACUCCAUCUCUGCCUAUCUUGGGCUAUUUCUUGCCAGUUAUCUGCAUUCAGUUCUAUUGUAUCUAGUUGAUUCAAUCUAUCCAUCUACUUUUUGAUCUUCUACAUGUACUUUUGCCUACUACUGAUGCAUUCAUUGUUGUGUAGAGGCUUCUAUAUGGAUUCGUUUGUGCUAUAUGCCCCAUCUAUCUUAACGUCCAUGCCCUUAUAUCAUGAGAUAUUGAUUGACCAGUUUCUGUAAGCAGCUCUUUAUUGGUUUUCAUAUCCAUGUUUUAGUACUCUGAUCCUAGAUCGCUCGGUAAUCGUGCAUAGGAUUUUUAUCUCUCAAAUCUUCCAAUACUUUUUUCUAGGGCACUGUUUAGUUUCCACGCCGCACAGCCAUAUAUUAAUACUUGCUUUAUCAUACCAUUUGCACAACGAUUUUUUGGGGAUUUCAAUACCUUUGAAAGGGAGAAGAAAAGUCUGUUCGUACUUGUUAUAUGCUGAUCUAUUUCCAGCAGUUGGUCAUUGAUAGAGGUUAUUGUAGACCCGAAGUAUUUAAAUUUAUUUACUCUCGAGAACGAUUUUCCUGAUCCUUUUACUGGGAUAGAAUUUUCGGCUUGUUGUCAUGUAUUUUGUUUUGUCUUAUUUAUUUUUUGGCCAAUUUGUUCUGCUUCUCUUAUUCGAGUCUUAGCAAGUUUAUCAGUGUUCUAAUGAUUGCUUCCAAGGACAGCUCUAUCAUCUGUAUAUCCAAGAUUUUAUAAUUCACUCCGACUUGUACCCCUCCAUUUUUGUGCUAUGCUCUUUUCACCUUCUCCAGCACUAAGUUGAAAAACAUUGGCGAUAGUUCAUGCUUCCUUUCGUAAGCCAGUUCAAACUUUGAAGGCUUCAGAUACUUCUCCUGGUAUUAGGACUCGACAUUUAGGGUUAUUUGUACACACAUUUGUCAAUCUUACUAACUUACCGGGAACUCCCAGUUCAGUCAUGGUUCUCCAAAGACAGUUCUUGUCUACAGAAUCAUAGGCUGCUUUAAAUUGACAAACAAGGUGUGGAUGUCCUGAGCUACUUCUCAUUGUUUUAUGAGUACUUGUUUCAGGAUUUUUUUUUUCGAGUAUUUUUCUAUUGUAACCAAAAUUAACCGAAUAGUCCCAGUGCUGUGAAAAGAAAACAAGUGCCUCAGGGACAAAGUUUAUCGGGCACUGGUCAAAUGUUAAAUGUAAUGUAUGCAACAGAAAUAUUAUCAUCAUAUAAAGAUCAUAAAUAUUAAUAGAACAAGAUGAGGAUAAUAAAAAAAAAAAUUGUUAGAUUUUAUUUUAAAACUUUAUAUAAAUUAAAUAUUAUUGAUAAUAUUUAAUAUAUUAAAUUAAUUAUACUUGUUGAAAGAUCAGAGCAAAUUAAUGGUAACAAACAAACUUAAAACAGAUGAAUCAGACAUAAACAUAAAGAAAAAGAGAUGACGCUACAAUGAAGGGUACUUGUACAACUGAAAGUAGGAGCAUUGUUUUAUUCGGUUAUUACCAAGCACAAGUAGUGGAUUCAGGAUUUAAUUUUGGAAGCAGCAUUAUUUUUUUUUCCUAUAAUGGGUAAUUAGUCAAGAGGAAAAAAAAUUAACUAUCUGAAAUGAUGUUUAAGUGAUCCUUGAAUGGUUGUUAAAAAAACAAAUUGGUAAUUACAGAAAUAAUAAUUCUUUUAGGGAUAGUUUUUUUUCUACUAUGUGACUCUUAUAACUAACUGUAUAUGCUUUAUAAUUUAAUUUAAUGAAAACAUGUCAUUUUUUCAGUAUUCACCCCACAACACCCUCAGAAACAAUUACUGAACAAUGAACAAAAAUAUUGUUUUUCCAUUGAUCCGCCACUACACUUUAUUAAAUCAAUUAAUUAAUGAAAAUUAUUUUUUUCUACUCAUUUGAAUGUUUAUUUUCUAAUCAAAUAAAAUUGGUAAAUGUAUUUAGCAAUAGAUAUUU